AUGAGUUGUGCAUGCUUGCCUCAGUUGAACAAGAGCAAAGAAGACGGUACACAGUGUGGCAAUGUACAUCAAGUAGAAAUACUGGGAAGUAGUGGUUUGUUGAAUAAUUGGCUAUCGACUAAAAGUGGUGAGAAUGGGCCGCAGGCAGGCUUUGAUUUCGUGUGGCCGUCGUAUGAUUUUACCAAAAAUCUGACUGACAUGAGUGAUUUGGGCGAUGAUUUACGAUGA